UGGGUCAUCUCUCUUUAUUUUAGGACACAAAUCAUUAAUCACUGAAAAAAUUAGUAAAAUCAUGAAGAUGCUUACGAUGUUGAUGGUGACUGCAAUUUUGCUUUGUAGGCACCAACAAGCGGUUGUGGCGAGAGAAGUCGUUGUGGACGGAAACGACAUAAUUCCAUGUUGGCCAAUUCAAUGGCCGUGGUGCCCGUCACCGCCCCCACCACCCGCACCACAAAGUUGCUCGGCUAGUGACCAAGAAAAGGUAAAGACAUGCAUAUUUAACACAAGUUCAAUUGAUGAAUGUUGUCCAACAUUCAAGAGCAUACUAGGCACUAGUUGCCCUUGUUAUAAUUAUGCUGAGGAUUUGGACAAUCAAAUCUUCAUCACUCUUGACGCUUAUUGUGACAUCCAUAGCCCUUGCAAGGGUGUGCAAAGUCCGUCCACUCCAGCCUUAAAAUCAAGUUGCUCAGUUAGUGACCAAGAAAAGUUGAAGAAAUGCAUGUUCGAAACAACUUUAAUUGAUGAAUGUUGCCCAACAUUCAAAAGCAUAAUCAAAACUAAUUGUCAUUGCUAUAAGUAUGCUGAAAAUUUGGAUUAUCAACUCUUCAUCGCUCUUGAUGUUUACUGCGAUGUCAAUAGCACUUGUGAGGACGUGCAAGUGAUUAAGCUAUCCAAGGAGGAGUAAAAAUGAAGUGUUUAAUUGCUUAAUUUCAGAUUUUGUAUUAAAUAAGAUGCUAAUUAGUAAUUACCCUUUCUAAGGGUACACUUGUAAUGUUACGUUGUGUUUUAGUACUAAUAUAUUUGACAUAUGUGUCAAAAGUUUAA